CAUGAUUGCAACAUUUAUGAAGAUGAACAAAACUUUAUCCACUUUUGCGAGGUCUUCAUAUGAACCUGCGAAUUUAAUUCUUCCAACCCCCUCAUUUCCGAAGCUGAACAAGCCCGAUUUGAAGUUAAGCUUUCGUGGGACCAAAAUCAUACAUAAUAAGCGACCCAAUUGGCCAAAGCCUUUGUUACUGCGCUCAAAAUCUGAGCUUGGUGGAGUUUACCCUUUGGAAAUGGCCGAGGAUUGGAACCGCACUGCUCUUCUUGUCAUCGACAUGCAGAGGGAUUUUAUAGAAGAUGGGGGUCCUAUGCUUGUUAAAGGAGGGAAACACAUUGUCCCUAAUGUGAUCAAGGCUGUCCAAGUUGCCAGGAAGCGUGGAAUUCUCAUCGUUUGGGUAGUUCGGGAGCAUGAUCCCUUAGGAAGAGACGUUGAACUCUUUCGUCGACAUCUAUACAAUGCGGGGAAAGUUGGUCCAACCUCUAAAGGAAGUGAAGGUGCAGAAUUAGUUGAUGGGCUGGUAAUCGAAGAAGGGGAUUAUACACUUGUGAAGACCAGAUUUAGUGCAUUCUUUGCUACACACCUUCAUUCAGUCCUUCAAGGAGCAGGAAUUAAUAGUUUAGUGGUUACUGGUGUGCAAACUCCAAACUGUAUCAGGCAAACUAUCUAUGAUGCUGUGGCAUUGGACUAUCAACCUGUUACUGUUAUUGUUGAUGCCACAGCUGCAGCCACACCUGAAAUUCAUCUAGCCAAUGUGUUUGACAUGAAAAAUAUUGGAGUUGCAACCCCAACAUUACAAGAAUGGAGCGAACCCAAAGCUUUAUCUGCAUGAAUCAACUCCAAGACUUAAAGGGAUCAAAAGUCUUUGGCGGGUUAAACUGUAAAGUGAAACGAACCUAUCUAUAGUGCAGUACUUGGUUGCUGCAUCAUAAAAUGAUUUACAUGGCUUUUUUUUAGUGUAUGAACACCACUUUUGUUGGGUCCAGUGUUCACUGAUAUUUUCUUGUUCAAUGCACUCCAAUUUAGAGAAUUCCAAGUUACUUAAACUCAAUUCAAAUAUAUUCUUCAAAUUCUG